AAAAUAGUAAAAACAUCAACUUGACAAUCCAAAAGCAUCCACACACCACAACAUCCCCAACACAAUCACAAACACAUUAAAAACAAUAAAAAUAAUCUCAACCAUGAUUCAUUCGCGAUAAGUUCAAGCUUCAAAGUUGUUUAAAAUAAUUUUCAAUCCGCAAAAUCAUCCCUAAAAUGGACUUAAUCUGCAGUUUUGAGCUGUACAUGUUCAACACAGGUGACACCUUCUACCAGUGCGUCAUUGAACAUCAAAAAAUCCCACAAAAUAAGAAGCUUAGAUUCAUUGGACUUCACAUGACUGGAAAAUCGGAUUUGGAUGUGACAUUUGUUGAGUUUCGUGACUGCAUUUGUCCGAGGAUCCCGCAGGGGCUGAAAAAUUAUUUCGAGAAUUUAAAGAUUCUUGGAUUUUACAACUCAAAAUUGAAGGAACUGGUGAAGGAUGACUUUGAGGAUUAUGAGGAUUUGGAGAGGUUCAUUUGUGAGAGAAAUUUAGUCAAGUUCCUGCCUGGUGACUUGUUUGAAGGCACCAAAAAAUUAAAAUACAUAAAAUUCUUCAACAACAACAUUGAAAUUAUCGAGCCGACCAUUUUGGACAGCCUUGAUAGCCUGAAAUACGCAAAUUUCAAAGAAUCCCAAAAUUAUCAUGAUUUUUAUGCUGAAGAUCCAAUUUAUGUCACAAAUUUAAAGCUUCAAGAGCUAAAAGAUUCAAUUUUCAACCGACUUUUUACUUUGGAUCAAGAAGUUUUAAGGAACUACGUCCAAAAAUUCCCAAAUCCAAAUGAAAUUCUAAAGAACUUUUGCCAAAAAGUUACAAAUUCCGAUUUAAAAAUGAAAAUUUUGGAAUUAAGGUUUGAUUUUUAUGACGAAUUGAGGUUGAAGGAAGCUGAGGAGCAUAAAAAGGAAAGUAAAGGUUUGAAGAUGCAGGUUGAGGAGUUGAUGGACAAUGAGGCUAAAUUGAGGCAAGCUAUCGAAGAAUUGAGAGACGACAAAGCAAGAAUUGAAGAUAAAUUGAACCUUAAAAUUGACAAUUUGACGAAUCAAGUUGAAUCAAAAAUGUUAAAAAUUAGAAUUAAUAAAAUUGAUAAAUAAUUUCAAAAAAAA